CUAGACGCACACUAAUCCGCCGUGAAAUAAGGUGGCUAGAUGGCGGAGUCUCAGACGGAACGAGCCCAUAAAAGACAAAGAAUGUCCAAAGUUUGGGAUCAUUUCAAAUUGAAAAAAGAAGACAGAAAAGUGCAAUGUGUGUACUGCAACGCAGAACUGGCCUUUCACAAUAGCACAUCGGUGAUGAUACAACAUCUGACGCGAAAACAUCCUGUUAAAGUCAACUCAAGCUCAACAAGCGUCGCCGAUACAAGCGCAUCACAACGGCCACCGGACUGCUUUGGCCGCCCAGCUCUGUCAUGCACCGUUGAAGAAGCCGCCUUGCUCACAGACAGCAUUUUGAAAAUGCUCGUCACUGACAUGCGCCCACUGUCCAUGGUGGAAGAUGAGGGAUUCAAAAAGAUGAUUUCGGCUUUCAACCCAAAAUACAGCAUGCCGGCCAGAUCUCAUUUCACAAGUCUGAUGGAAAAGAAGCACCAACAAAUAACAGAGAAACUGAAAACGGUCCUUCAGGACACGGAGAGUGUAGCAUUGACUACAGACGUCUGGACUAGUGUGGCUACGGAGAGCUAUCUCAGAGUGGCCUGUCACUUUGUGGGGGAAGAUUGGCAGAUGAAGUCCUUCUCUCUAACAACAGGGCCUCUCAAAGAGAAUCACACAGCUGCUGAUAUUGCAGACUUGCUGGAGGAGACCACUGACAAAUUUCAUAUCCCCUUCCCAAAGGUGAAGGCGGUUGUCCAUGACAACGGGGCCUCUGUAGUUGCAGCAGCAGCCAUUUUGAAGGAGAGGCACGGCUGGGCUUCUGUGAGAUGCUCCGGGUACGUUCUGAACUCGGUUGUCCAGAGCACACUGAAAAACAGUCAAACCAUUGCUAAUUGUGUGGCUUCUGCGAGAACCUUGGUCGAACACUUCAAGAAGAGUGAGGUGGCCUGUGCCAAACUUCAAGAAAUGCAGAAACAAAUGGGAAUGCCACUACUGAUGUUGAUUCGAGAUGUAAGUACGAGGUGGAACGGCACAUAUCACAUGCUGUCCAGGCUCCUUGGACAAAGAUGGCCCGUGGCUGCGUCUCUUUCUGAUCUUGCAGUCAGUCCAAAUGGCAAACAACUCCACCUGGAUCUUAAGCAAGAGCAGUGGAACCUCAGUGAGGAACUGACCCGAGUUCUCGGGCCAUUCGUAAGUGUGACAGAGUUUCUGCACGGGGAACAAUAUGUCACUCUGUCUUCUCUUCCACAGCUGGUGCACAACCUCAAGAAGGCAACACUGAGUUCAACAUUUGAAAGUGAUUCAGUAAAGGAAUUCCAAGCCCAGGUGAUAGAACAGAUCGCGGAGAGAUGGCAAAAAUUGUUUUCUUUUCACCCUGAGGCUCCUAACACCGUCCUCCUGGCUGCCGCCUUGGACCCACGCUUUCGAAAACUCAAGUUCCUGCCUGCUGAAGAUGUGUUCAAGGUCCAAAGUCAAAUCCAAUCCAUGGCUCUAGCGGUCAUAAAGGAAGAAAGACAGUCAAAUGAAAGUGGAAACCAAGCCGCCGCCACGUUAGAAAGCCGUUUUGCGCCAAAGGACGGCUCGUUCACCAACACUAUUCUGGGAUCAUCGUCAGACUCUGACAACAGUGAUGAGGAGGUUGAGGAUAAGCAGCAAAGUCACACAGUGCAGAAGGAAGUCUUGCAGUACUUUGGAGAACUUCCGCUCUCCAAGAAGGACAAUCCACUGCUAUGGUGGAGAACUAACGCAACUCGAUAUCCCACCCUGGCAAAGCUGGCCAAGUCCUUUUUGGGUAUUCCAGCAACACUGACGCCGUCGGAGCGUUUAUUCUUCGCUACUGGGAACAUCGCCUCAAGACGGAGGGCCGUUCUUAGUUCUGAGCAUGUGGAUAUGUUGACUUUUCUCCAUUGUAAUCAUGGACUUUUGUAAAUGUGUCAAGAAAAGCUCGCAACUCUGUCACUGUCCUCUGUCCCAUACAAACAGCACUAACUAGUUUGUUUUGUGAAUACGGCGCGUUAACACUACAAGUGGCCUAGUAUCUAUUUGUUAAUUUAUAUAUAUAUUUGCUCUGUGUACAGUUAAAUGUCCCUUUUAUUUAUUUUGUUUUUUUGCUGACUAUUUUGUUCAUUCUUGCAUGAAAUGCACAAGUGGCCAAUUUGAAUGAAAAGGGAUUCAUUUUGGAGCCUGGAAUAGAUUGCGUUUUUUUUCUUUCAGCAAUAAAUUGAUUUUGUCUAUUUAACACGACUCAUUUCUAUCAUUUGUUGUUUGAUAAUGCAAUUGUGUCAUAAGUUACUCAAUUGAUCAGAUAUUUAAUUCUAAGAUUAUUCAGUAGUAGAGGUGCUGAUAAAUAAUCCAUUAUCAAAUUAAUUGAUAAUUAUUUUUGUUAAGCAAUUAAUAGUUUCAAUAUCUUUUUUAUUUUAAAUUGCCUAAAUUGUGGACAUUUCAAUUCCUUAUUCUCUUAUUUCUGUUGCCCUCAAGAAAAGUAGACUAAAAAUGUUAGAGUUGAAUCAUAAUUAAAUAUUUGCUCUUGCUUAAACAUUAACGGAAUCAUAAUUCAUCUAAAAUUAUGUCCUGUUUUUGAAUAAAGGGAUUAAAAUUUAA